AUGGCGCCGGGUCAGGGUAACACGAUAGAGGUUCCCACAGACGCGGAGCUGCUGCAAGCGCAAGCUGACCUAUGGCGCCACAGCUUCUCCUACCUCACGUCGCUGGCGCUCCGCUGCGCCGUCAAGCUCGGCGUCCCCACCGCGAUCCAUCGCCUCGGCGGGGCAGCCUCCCUGGCUGACCUCAUGGCCGCACUGUCCCUCCCCGCGAGCAAGCUGCCGUUCGUCCGCCGCCUCAUGAGGGUCCUCGUCGUGGCGGGCGUCCUCGCCGACACCACCAGCAGCGACGGCGCCGGCGUCGAGCGGUGCUACCGCCUCACCCCGCUGUCCCGCAUCCUGGUCGACGGCGUCGCCGCCGACGACCACCACGUCCAGACGUCGUUCGUGCUCACCGCGACGUCGCGGCAGUACCUGGAGGCAGCGCUGGCGCUGGACGAGUGGCUCCGGAAGGACGUGGCGCUGGCGCCGGCGCCGUCCCCGUUCGAGGACGCCCACGGCGCGCCGCUCUUCGACGACGCCACCGCGCUCGCCAUCGACCCCGAGUUCGACGCGGCGGCGAACGACGCCCUGGCGGCGCACGACAACCUCGGGGUCGGCACCCUGCUCAGGGAGUGCCGCGACGUCUUCGCCGGGCUGCGGUCGCUGACCGACUGCUGCGGCGGCGACGGCACGACGGCGAGGGCCAUCGUCAGGGCCUUUCCGCACAUCAAGGUCACGGUGCUGGACCUUCCAAAGGUGAUCGACAAGGUCCCCAAGGUCGAUGGCGCCAUUGACUACGUUGCAGGUGACUUGUUUCACGGCGUGCCGCCUGCGCAGGCCGUGCUGCUCAAGCUUGUCCUGCACUUCUGGGGCGACGACGACUGCGUGAAGAUCUUGGGCGAGUGCAAGAAGGCCAUCCCUCCACGCGACAAGGGAGGGAAGGUGAUCGUGGUGGACAUACUGAUGGCGCCUGACUCCCUAGAGCCGGCGAUGUUCGAGACGCAGGUGCUGAUGGACAUGGCGAUGAUGGUGAACACCAGAGGCCGGCAGCGGGAGGAAGGCGAGUGGCGAGACCUCUUCCUCGGAGCUGGAUUCAGCGACUACAAGAUCGCCAAGAAGCUGGGGGCUCGAGCCGUGUUCGAGGUCUAUCCAUAAGCGAGAUGGUUAUUGCCUUUUGAAUUAAUAUUAUAUAUAUAUAUAUAUAUGUAUAUGAAUUAUGGCAAAUAUAUAAAAAUGGAGUAGUGCUCCUGAACAUAAAGCUCCGGAGGGUGUACUGUUGUUUGGCUUUAAUUGGGUGUGUACUUUUCUUGCGUGGUUUGUGUGUAAGCAAUUAUUGUAAAUAUGGUCGAUUCGACAAAGGCCACAUUCUAUAUGCAGCGUGCUUGUAGCGGUAGUACGUGGGUAUUAUGUAAAACACAACCAUGUGUACUUGAUAUGUAAUAAUGUAAUAUAUUUGAACUUGUCA